CAUCACCUACAUACCUAUUAGACUGAAAAAUGAUUAUGAAACAGAUUCAGAAUUCUGAACCCAGACCGAAAAGCCUGUAGGACGACUGAUUUAUUUAUUAUACCAAAUGUCCACAGACACUGGUACCAUUGUGCAGAACAGUCAGUGGUGGAACUGGUUAAGGCUCCAUUAAGAAGGAAUAGCACACUUUUCUUCCUUGACAAAUGAUCAGCUAGACUUGCCAGCCAAUAUCUGACUUAUGGUAUUAUAGCCGUGAGCAAAAAGAUGUUUAUAAGUUUUCCAUUUUAAAUCUGGUUUCUGACGUUUAAUUAUAGAAUCACAGUUACGUGUCUAAAAUAAGCUACACAGGAAAAACCGCUUUGCUUGAAUAUUCAGUGAUGAAUCCCAAUUACUCAUAAUUGUUUCAAAUAUGUUACGGGAAACACGAAUUGUUUUGUUGUUUUGUGCAAUGGUAUUGGGUCAAAAUGAGAUUUUAUUGGAAAAGUGUUGUCCGGAGAACUUUCAUGUGAAAACUACAUGUGUUAUAAAUACUAUUGGGAAUAACAAUUUCUCUGAUGUACCAGUUUACGAUUUGAACGAAGACAACUCGAAUUUUCAAGUUAAAGAGAAAUUUAACAGUAUGUUUCGUGUGGUUGCUAAUGCGUCCAUUACUCCUGGAAAAGAAAUAACUAAUGCUCAAUUGAUGUUUAAUGGCUUCAUAAUUACGGACAAUGACGUCAAAGAGCCAUCAAGCUUUUGUUUAGACUAUAAAGAAAAUGGCAACUCUACUGAAAUUGGCUUUUGGUUAAUAAAUAAUGGAACACAACAUCAGGAGAAACCAGUAAAAGAUAUAGAACAAUCCUACAUAUCUAUUACUGCAUUAUUGACAUCAUGUGUGUUUCUCUCAUUGACAAUUCUGGUAUAUGUUUUACUACCAAAAUUACGAAAUAUGAAGGGCAAAAUCCUUUUAUCGUGUGUUAUCAGUCUUCUUGGUGCAUUUCUAGCAUUGGCUACCAUGCAAAUAGUGGAAAUAAGUAGUGCUACAGUACCACCGAGCCUUUGCUACAGUUUUACUUCCCUUUUUUAUUUUUUCAUCCUGUCGAGUUUCUGUUGGAUGAAUGCUUUGUCUUUCAUGAUGUGGCGAGAUUAUGGGCGCAUAUUCGAGCGAACACCGAGAGCUAACAAUCGAGAGAUUGAAAAUAGACGCUACAAGAAAUAUCUUGUUUAUGCUUGGGGAGUGCCUAUGAUUUUAACGAUUCUACUAAAUGUGUUAGAUCACGCAGGACUAGAGCGUUUUUCUUGGUUCAUGGUACCGAAUAUUAUACGAAAUGGUUGCUUUUUACAUGGAUAUGAAAGGCUACUUUACCUCGAUUUGCCUAUGCUGUUAUUGUUAAUAGGAAAUUGGUAUUUCUUUAUUAUAACGGCAUAUAAUAUAUGGGGAAUCUUCAAAGAAACUAAAAUUCUAAACGAGUCUGCAUUGUCUUUAAAAAAACUGUUAUUAGUGUACCUAAGACUUUCUGUUCUGAUGGGAAUUUCGUGGGUGUUAGAAAUUGUCGCGCACCUCUUGCCGCCUUCACAUCUGCAUCCAGUUUGGGUCGUGGUUGAUUUAUACAACGGGUUCAUUGGCGUCGGCUUCUUCAUGGUGCUCGUAUGCAAGAAGAAAAUAUGGAAUUCACUCCGACUAAGAUGGCAACACAAAGGCGCUUAUAAUACUGGUUAUUACUCGACUAGAUCUAAAUCAUCAAGAUUACAACAUACUCCAUAAAAAUUACGGAAGAUCUAGAUUAUUUUUUUAAAAUUAUAAACUACUUAUAAGAGUGUGUAGAAGAAGUAUAUUGUGCUAGAAGUAGGACAUUGCUUGCCCGCUCCUAAAGAUAUCGAUUACAUUUCAGAUGGAUUAAAAAAUUAAAUUUCGAUUAACUUAAAGUUUUUUUUCUUUAAAGAAACUUUAAAAUAACAGCAGCGCUUUGAAAAAGACUGCAAUCCCAACUGUUUCCGCAUGGAAGCCACUACCACAGCAAGUAUCGUAAUAAUAUAAUUAUAGGGUCAGCCAAGUCAUUAACGUCAGUGGAAUGGAUCAAUUUCUUUUGAUGUUUGUUAAAUUAAUAAGAAAUAAACCUGAUUUUGAGAUGGCAAUUUUUUUUGGCAUUAGUACUACUGCUGUUGGGAAUAUAUUUGUUACAUGAGUAAAUUUUGUUUAUGAAUUAUGGAAAAAAUAGAUAUUCGGCCUAGUCGCUCACUGGUUGAUUAUUAUAUUUUGCGAGAUUUAUUUAAGCAAUAUUAUCCAGCUACCAGAGUGAUAAUAGAUGGUACAGAAAUACGCAUAUCAAAAUCAAAAAAACCCUACAACGCAACAAACAACAUUUAGUAGCUACAAACACCACAACACUAAAAUAUUAUUGGUGGGCGCUACAUCUGGUGGCGUUUGUUCAGUUCAUCAGUCAUCUUGUAUCGUUUUGAUCAGAUGGAUAUGCAGGCUCUACCGGUGACCGUCAAAUAACUGAAAGUUCCCUUUUAGCUGGUAUUGAUGAAAAAGUUGCAAUAAUGGCUGACCGUGGAUUCAAUAAUUGUGUUAUGCUGUGUAAUUAA